AUGGAGGUUGAUGUUGCUAAAGAGUUUACAAACUGGGUUAGGAAGUCACAGGCUGCUGACGAGAAAAGAUGCGAAGAGAUCAAGAUGUUCUCAGCCCAGAUUGAAAAGUUGAACCAAGAAUUUCAGGAUGUUUCUAAAGAUCUCAAAAGAGAACGUGUUGCCGCCCGUGCUACACAAGAUGAAGCAGAGACUUUGAAACGUCGUUUGGAGGAGUUACAAAAGUCUGUCGAAGCCAGUUCAUUUGUUUUAGUUCUCAUUGACGCCGAUGGUGAUGGAUAUAUAUUCAAAGAUAAAUAUUACCAAACCGUUGACGGAGGUCGAAAGGCAGCUUUGGACUUCCGGGAGUUGAUACGAGAAUACCUUAAAAAAGAGCAACCAGACAUGUCUAACUUGCCGGUCAUGGUGAAGGCGUUUGCGAAUGGAGAUGGAUUAUCUAAGUUGCUUGUGAAGGGAAAUAUUAUCAAGUCACCCUCGUCACUGACAGACUUUGCGAAGGGAUUUUCGCAAGCCUACGACACAUGUGACUUUGUUCUAGUUGGCAGUGGGAAGGAUCGAGCUGAUGUGAAGAUCAAAGGGUUUUUUGAACAGUUUGUUAGAAAUCCUACCUGCAGUCAUGUUAUAUUUGGAGCAUGUCAUGACAAUGGGUACGUUCGAGUGUUGGAAGAGUAUGAGCAGAAAGUAUUUGCAAACCGUGUGACUCUCCUUCGAUCUUUCGAUACAGGGAAAGAGUUUACUGGUCUGAAGUUUCCUUACAUUCAGAUGGAGAAAAUAUUCCGUACCAAACCCGUCAGUUAUCACGAACCUCCGGCCCUGCGACAGACACUGGAGAAUGCCAAUUCCGCGACUGGGUCAACCUGGGCUAAUCUUUUGAGCGCUACAGGAGACACCAAUGGUUUUUCUGUCUCCAAAAAAUCCAAGGAUUUACCCUCCGGAUCCGUCCUUUUGAACUCUGCUGAGCAACGUAUCGACACCGAACUGCCUUCGCGAUCUCAGAACGCAGUGAACAGUUGGCAUCAGAAGACCAAAAAGGCAAAUAUGAGAUAUUGCCGAACAUUCCAUCUAAUUCCCGGCUCUUGUGAUAAGAAUACCUGUUAUAGCCAUGGACCUCUAUCAGAGGAAGAAAAAUUAGUCUUUCGGCACGAGCUGAGGCUCGAGAGAUGCUAUAAUGGGUUACAGUGUCGAGACCCCAAUUGUUAUUUUGGACAUAAUUGCUCCUGUACGGACAAACGUUGCAAACUACUUCCCGAAAUGCAUAAUGUUGAUACGUCCUCGAUUCACGUUUCUCCCGGACCCAUGGGAUACAAUAACAGUGUGUAUAAGAUGAUCAGCAAGGUCUGGGCUGAGCUCUUCAACGGUGCUCAGCAAAUAUAUUUGGGGUUUAUGUUAUUCUAUCUUAUCGUGUACUGUAGGCUAGAAUCGAAGAACAACCAGUUGAGAUUUGAAUCGAAUAUAGUUGAAAAGAAUUAUCAUAUAAUUCUAGCUACAACGCAUUGA